AUGAGAAGUAUCUAAUAAGGAAAUGUAGGGCAAGCACCGAUAGGAAUUAAAGUAAAGUUUGAAUCUCACAAUCUUAGUAAAUUGAUACUCAAGUUUAAAAAGUAAAAUCAGAGCUUAAAGUUGAACACUCACAAGCGUUAGAGCGAACCAUGAAAGAGUCAAAAAUUAAUAAAGAGACUGCUUAAGCGUUAAGCCUAAAGGUAGAAAAGCUUUAGGAAGAAAAGGAAAAAUAUAAAAAAUAAGCAGAUGAAAUUUUAAAAAGGACUGAAGGGCCAGCUAUCAAUAGAUCAUCCAUUCACAGCACUAAAUCAUUAAAAAUUGAUAAUGACAAACUAAGUCUAGAUUAAAAGAAAUAACGAGAAUUACUUGCUUUAGAACUUGAAAUAAAUUAAAAAGAAAAAGAAUCGGAAAAUCUGAAAAUUGAAAACAUUUAAUUAACAAAUGAUCUCGUGUUAGCUUAGAAUGUUAUUGAUUAAAAGGAUUAAUAAAUUGAAUAACUUUAGGCUUAAAAUUCUCUUUUAGAUAAUAAUAUCAAGGAACUUUAGAAAUAAUUGAUGAAGGAAUAAUCUUCUUAUAAAAAUUAAUAAUAACCUUAAAAAAUAAUAGUAUCAUAAAAUAAUUCAAUUAACUAAAAGUAACCUUUAAAGCAUAUUUAGCUCUACUAUUAUUGAGAAUUUUAAAAAGUAAAUAUAAAAUUUACAAGAAGAAAUAAAUGAAUUUGAAGAAAAAUAAAAAUCUAAUGAGCAGGAAAUUACCAAUUGGAAAAACAAAUUUUCAUAACUUUAAACAAGUAAAGCAGAAAUUGAAAAAUAUAAUGCAAGUAUUUAAUCUUCCAUAAAUUUAGUUGCAUAAAAUAAAAUUGAGAAUUUGUUAUAGCAAAAAGAGGAAAUGGAAAAUUAAAGAUAGGAAGAUCAAAUUAAAAUAAAUGAAUUAGAAGCAAGUGUCAUAGUUUUAAAGAACAAUCAAAAGGAACUAGAGAUUGAAAUUAAAAGGCUUUAGGAUUAAAUCGAUAUUUAAUAAAAAAGUAAUUAAGAUUUGAGGGCUGAAAAUUUAACAUUAUUUUAAUAAUUGACAUCAAAGUCUUUAGAAGUCAACUAAAAUUUUUAAAAUGAUUUAAUUGAAUUAUAUAGCUCACAUAAUAAUGAAGGAGAUGAUAAGACUAUAUAAUUCAAAUAAUUAAGUGAUGAUUUUUCAAAUUUGAAAGCCAAAUAUACUGAAAUAUUGGAUUAGAAGGAAACAUUAGAAAAUUAAAAAAACAAAAUAUUAAAAGAUAGUUCUUUGUUGAAUGAUUAAAUUAAAAAAUUAGAAAACAAAGUUUAGCUCCAAAAAGAUGAUAUUUAAGAAUGGGCUAAUAAAUAUAAUGAAAAAAACAUUUAACUCAAUGCCAUUUUAGAAGAAGAAAAUAGAGAUAAAAAAAAGAUUGAAGAACUAGAGUUGAUUACAAAAGAUUAAGAAAUUAAAAUUAAUGACUUGGAAAUAGCUCUAAAGUAUUAAUAAAAAGAUUCAACACCAAGAUCAAAAGAUUCAUCUUUUAAAUAACGAGAACUAGAAGAUAAAUUAAAGCAAGCGAAUGGAUAAAUAAAUGAUUUAAAAAAGGAGAUUCAAAUAAAUUAAUAGCAAUAAAGCAACUAGAAUGAUUUAAGCUUAUAAAAAAUAAUAUAGGAACUAGAAUAGGAAAAUAAAAAUAUUACCUCAAAUAAUUAUUAAUUACUAUCAUAAUUGCGGGAAGCCGAAAAAAAAAAUUGUGGUAAAGAAUAACUAAUCGAAUAAUAAAAAUAAGAAUAAGAAUAAAAAACCAAUCUGAAAUUAAAGAAUAAAAAAUUACUUGCAAAGUUAUUCAGAGUUUUGAAUCAAUAUAAGAAAAAAGAUAAUGAACUUAUUCUAUUAAAUGAAAGAAUAAAUAAAUAAAAAGCCCUUAAUAAUUAAUUAAUAGAUCAAAUUUCCUAGAAUAAUAUAACUAAAAUUGAACCUAAUGUAUAGAUUUAAUAGCAAAAUUGUAUAGAUACCCAAGAGGAAAUAUCAAAUUAAAAUAACAAUGAAAUGUUAAAAUUAGAAAUUUACAAAUUAGAGAAUUAAAAUAAGAAAUAUUUAGCAAAAAUAUUUAAAUUACUUUGUUAAAUGUUUUAAAAAGAUAGAGAGAAUGAUUAAUUAAGAAAAAGAUUGGAAAAAUAAAAAGCAAUUGUUUAAGAUCUAGUUGAUAAUCACUGUUAUGAAGAAUAACGUAAAAAUGAGGAUAUCGAGUAUUAAUCAUAGUAAGAAAAAGUGAUAAGUUAAGUAGAUAAUACCAAAAUAUAAUAAAUGUAUACUAAAUUGCUGGCAAAAUAAUUUAGGAUUAUUUACACUAAUAAAAAAUUAGAAAAUUAAGUUCAAAAUACUUUAUAAAGAAUUAAAAAGUAAAAAGAAAUAAAUAUUUAAUUAUCAAAUAUAACUGAUGAAUAAGAAGCUGUUUUAAAAGAAUUAUAAAAAUAGAAUGCAGAAUUAAAAGAUAAGAAUUAAAAAUAAGAAAUUAUUAAUUAAAAUGAAAUUUUAAAAAUAAAUGAUAAAAAUUAAGAAACUGAAUUUAAUUUAGAAAAUUAUUAUAAAUAAAAAUAUAAUAGUCUUUUAGAAGAGCAUCUUCAUAUUCUAAAUGUAAGCGAAUAAAUCAAUGAAUAAGAAAAGUAAAUGAAGAAAGAAUUUUAAUAAUAAUUAGAUGAUGAAAAAUUAAAAGCUAAAGAUUUGUUUAAUAAUCUAUUGAAUGAACAUUUGAAAUUAUAAGAUUAAUGUGAUAAAGCUAUGGAAGCUUUAAAUUAAAUAAAUUAAGAUUAAGAAAAUCACAUAGAUAAAAAUGAAUAUGAAAAAACUAAAAAUAAGUUUAAUUAACUUUUAUCUGAACAUUUAGCUUUAGAAGGACUAAAUGAUGAUUUAAAUAAAAAACAUGAAGAAAUCAAGAAAGAACAUGAUAAAGCAUUAGAUGCAGAAAUUUAAAAGUAAAAAGAGAAAUACAAUUAGUUAUUAAAUUAAUAUUUACUGUUGGAAAUGGACAGAGAUGGAAUAUUAUAGGAGUAAAGCCCUAAAUUAGAAAACUAAUUGGAUUUAGAAAAAGACGAUGAUAUAUUUGAGAAAAAAUUAGUAGAGGGAUAAAAUCAAAAAGAGUAAGAUUAAUAAUAAAACAUUAAUCAACUUUAGAAUUAAAAUUAUUAAUUAAGAUAAGAAGUAUAAUAAUUAAAGGCAAUUUUAGAUAAAGUCACAAAUCAAGAAUAGAAAAAAUUGCCCAAUCUUGCAUUAACAAAUGAUGAUGCAAUUAAAUUGGAUUAAAACACAGAAGAUUAUUAUAAAUAAAAAUAUAAUAGUCUUUUAGAAGAGCAUCUUCAUAUUCUAAAUGUAAGUGAAUAAAUCAAUGAAUAAGAAAAGUAAAUGAAGAAAGAAUUUUAAUAAUAAUUAGAUGAUGAAAAAUUAAAAGCUAAAGAUUUGUUUAAUAAUCUAUUGAAUGAACAUUUGAAAUUAUAAGAUUAAUGUGAUAAAGCUAUGGAAGCUUUAAAUUAAAUAAAUUAAGAUUAAGAAAAUCACAUAGAUAAAAAUGAAUAUGAAAAAACUAAAAAUAAGUUUAAUUAACUUUUAUCUGAACAUUUAGCUUUAGAAGGACUAAAUGAUGAUUUAAAUAAAAAACAUGAAGAAAUCAAGAAAGAACAUGAUAAAGCAUUAGAUGCAGAAAUUUAAAAGUAAAAAGAGAAAUACAAUUAGUUAUUAAAUUAAUAUUUACUGUUGGAAAUGGACAGAGAUGGAAUAUUAUAGGAGUAAAGCCCUAAAUUAGAAAACUAAUUGGAUUUAGAAAAAGACGAUGAUAUAUUUGAGAAAAAAUUAGUAGAGGGAUAAAAUCAAAAAGAGUAAGAUUAAUAAUAAAACAUUAAUCAACUUUAGAAUUAAAAUUAUUAAUUAAGAUAAGAAGUAUAAUAAUUAAAGGCAAUUUUAGAUAAAGUCACAAAUCAAGAAUAGAAAAAAUUGCCCAAUCUUGCAUUAACAAAUGAUGAUGCAAUUAAAUUGGAUUAAAACACAGAAGAUUAUUAUAAAUAAAAAUAUAAUAGUCUUUUAGAAGAGCAUCUUCAUAUUCUAAAUGUAAGUGAAUAAAUCAAUGAAUAAGAAAAGUAAAUGAAGAAAGAAUUUUAAUAAUAAUUAGAUGAUGAAAAAUUAAAAGCUAAAGAUUUGUUUAAUAAUCUAUUGAAUGAACAUUUGAAAUUAUAAGAUUAAUGCGAUAAAGCUAUGGAAGCUUUAAAUUAAAUAAAUUAAGAUUAAGAAAAUCACAUAGAUAAAAAUGAAUAUGAAAAAACUAAAAAUAAGUUUAAUUAACUUUUAUCUGAACAUUUAGCUUUAGAAGGACUAAAUGAUGAUUUAAAUAAAAAACAUGAAGAAAUCAAGAAAGAACAUGAUAAAGCAUUAGAUGCAGAAAUUUAAAAGUAAAAAGAGAAAUACAAUUAGUUAUUAAAUUAAUAUUUACUGUUGGAAAUGGACAGAGAUGGAAUAUUAUAGGAGUAAAGCCCUAAAUUAGAAAACUAAUUGGAUUUAGAAAAAGACGAUGAUAUAUUUGAGAAAAAAUUAGUAGAGGGAUAAAAUCAAAAAGAGUAAGAUUAAUAAUAAAACAUUAAUCAACUUUAGAAUUAAAAUUAUUAAUUAAGAUAAGAAGUAUAAUAAUUAAAGGCAAUUUUAGAUAAAGUCACAAAUCAAGAAUAGAAAAAAUUGCCCAAUCUUGCAUUAACAAAUGAUGAUGCAAUUAAAUUGGAUUAAAACACAGAAGAUUAUUAUAAAUAAAAAUAUAAUAGUCUUUUAGAAGAGCAUCUUCAUAUUCUAAAUGUAAGUGAAUAAAUCAAUGAAUAAGAAAAGUAAAUGAAGAAAGAAUUUUAAUAAUAAUUAGAUGAUGAAAAAUUAAAAGCUAAAGAUUUGUUUAAUAAUCUAUUGAAUGAACAUUUGAAAUUAUAAGAUUAAUGUGAUAAAGCUAUGGAAGCUUUAAAUUAAAUAAAUUAAGAUUAAGAAAAUCACAUAGAUAAAAAUGAAUAUGAAAAAACUAAAAAUAAGUUUAAUUAACUUUUAUCUGAACAUUUAGCUUUAGAAGGACUAAAUGAUGAUUUAAAUAAAAAACAUGAAGAAAUCAAGAAAGAACAUGAUAAAGCAUUAGAUGCAGAAAUUUAAAAGUAAAAAGAGAAAUACAAUUAGUUAUUAAAUUAAUAUUUACUGUUGGAAAUGGACAGAGAUGGAAUAUUAUAGGAGUAAAGCCCUAAAUUAGAAAACUAAUUGGAUUUAGAAAAAGACGAUGAUAUAUUUGAGAAAAAAUUAGUAGAGGGAUAAAAUCAAAAAGAGUAAGAUUAAUAAUAAAACAUUAAUCAACUUUAGAAUUAAAAUUAUUAAUUAAGAUAAGAAGUAUAAUAAUUAAAGGCAAUUUUAGAUAAAGUCACAAAUCAAGAAUAGAAAAAAUUGCCCAAUCUUGCAUUAACAAAUGAUGAUGCAAUUAAAUUGGAUUAAAACACAGAAGAUUAUUAUAAAUAAAAAUAUAAUAGUCUUUUAGAAGAGCAUCUUCAUAUUCUAAAUGUAAGUGAAUAAAUCAAUGAAUAAGAAAAGUAAAUGAAGAAAGAAUUUUAAUAAUAAUUAGAUGAUGAAAAAUUAAAAGCUAAAGAUUUGUUUAAUAAUCUAUUGAAUGAACAUUUGAAAUUAUAAGAUUAAUGUGAUAAAGCUAUGGAAGCUUUAAAUUAAAUAAAUUAAGAUUAAGAAAAUCACAUAGAUAAAAAUGAAUAUGAAAAAACUAAAAAUAAGUUUAAUUAACUUUUAUCUGAACAUUUAGCUUUAGAAGGACUAAAUGAUGAUUUAAAUAAAAAACAUGAAGAAAUCAAGAAAGAACAUGAUAAAGCAUUAGAUGCAGAAAUUUAAAAGUAAAAAGAGAAAUACAAUUAGUUAUUAAAUUAAUAUUUACUGUUGGAAAUGGACAGAGAUGGAAUAUUAUAGGAGUAAAGCCCUAAAUUAGAAAACUAAUUGGAUUUAGAAAAAGACGAUGAUAUAUUUGAGAAAAAAUUAGUAGAGGGAUAAAAUCAAAAAGAGUAAGAUUAAUAAUAAAACAUUAAUCAACUUUAGAAUUAAAAUUAUUAAUUAAGAUAAGAAGUAUAAUAAUUAAAGGCAAUUUUAGAUAAAGUCACAAAUCAAGAAUAGAAAAAAUUGCCCAAUCUUGCAUUAACAAAUGAUGAUGCAAUUAAAUUGGAUUAAAACACAGAAGAUUAUUAUAAAUAAAAAUAUAAUAGUCUUUUAGAAGAGCAUCUUCAUAUUCUAAAUGUAAGUGAAUAAAUCAAUGAAUAAGAAAAGUAAAUGAAGAAAGAAUUUUAAUAAUAAUUAGAUGAUGAAAAAUUAAAAGCUAAAGAUUUGUUUAAUAAUCUAUUGAAUGAACAUUUGAAAUUAUAAGAUUAAUGUGAUAAAGCUAUGGAAGCUUUAAAUUAAAUAAAUUAAGAUUAAGAAAAUCACAUAGAUAAAAAUGAAUAUGAAAAAACUAAAAAUAAGUUUAAUUAACUUUUAUCUGAACAUUUAGCUUUAGAAGGACUAAAUGAUGAUUUAAAUAAAAAACAUGAAGAAAUCAAGAAAGAACAUGAUAAAGCAUUAGAUGCAGAAAUUUAAAAGUAAAAAGAGAAAUACAAUAAGUUAUUAAAUUAAUAUUUACUGUUGGAAAUGGACAGAGAUGGAAUAUUAUAGGAGUAAAGCCCUAAAUUAGAAAACUAAUUGGAUUUAGAAAAAGAUGAUGAUAUACUUGAGAAAAGAUUAUAGCCAUUGAAUUCUUUGAGCAGCCAUUUUAGUAAAAAAAUACAAAAUAAUGCUUUAGAUAAUUAAUAAUUUGAUGGUUAAGAUAAUUAAUUUUAUGAUAGUUAAAAUUAAUUAUAAAAAUUAUCAAAACUCUAAGAAUAAAUAUCUAGAUUAAAUGAAGAAAAAUAAUAGCUUGAAUAAUUUAAUUUGUCAUUGAUUGACGAAAUAAAACAAAUAAAAAGUUAAUCAAAUAUAAACUCUUAAGAAAAUUUAGCUAAUAUUAUUUAAGAUAAAGAUUAAUUAUAACAUUAAAUGGAUGAUUAAGAAUAAAAAAAAUCUAAAAAUUAAAAUUAAGAAUUGUAGCUUACUUAUGAAUAAGAAAAAUAAAUAAUUAAGCUUUAAAACUAGAUAAAAACACUAGAAUUAAGUAAGAAAUAAUAUGGUGAAGGAAUUAGUGAGUUAAAUAGGAGGAUGAUGGAUUUAUAUAACUAAAAUUAAGGGUUAUAAGCUUAAAUAAAGUAAUUAUGUAAUAAAGGUAUUUAUUAAUUUAUUAUCUUUAGUGUCAUGA